CCCCUGUCUGCUCAGGAGAGACACACGAGCUGCUUCCUGAGGAGAGGAGAGGAGACGGCUAUAAAUCAACCAAAAGAGACCAGAGAACUCAUCUGGCUGAGGAAGGGAACGAGGUGGCUGUUGGAAGGAGGUGAACACCAGGAGACAUGGCUUCCAGUUCACACCCUGCCUAGCAGCAGCUCCCCCUCCCAGCCUGGCCCGACAGGAUGUCCCGCUAGACAGCCAUGGACGGAGCCCACAGCGCAGGCCUGCAGCUGCAGCCACUCUCACCCACCAGCGGAGCCACCUCCCCGAGCCUGAGCAGCGGCGAGGGCUCCUUCUCCUACAAGGAAAACUUGAUCGGUGCACUCUUGGCCAUUUUCGGGCACCUUGUGGUCAGCAUCGCCCUUAACCUGCAGAAAUACUGCCACAUCCGCCUGGCAGGCUCCAAGGACCCCCGCGCCUACUUCAAGACCAAGACAUGGUGGCUGGGGCUGCUCCUGCUGCUGCUGGGGGAACUGGGCGUGUUCGCCUCCUACGCCUUCGCUCCACUGUCACUCAUCGUGCCCCUCAGUGCCGUCUCCGUGAUAGCAAGCGCCAUCAUCGGAAUCAUAUUCAUCAAGGAAAAAUGGAAACCUAAGGACUUUGUGAGGCGCUACGUCUUAUCCUUUGUUGGCUGUGGUCUGGCGAUCGUGGGCACCUACCUGCUAGUGACGUUUGCACCCAAUAGUCAUGAGAAAAUGACGGGCGAGAACAUCGCCAGGCACCUUGUGAGCUGGCCUUUUCUCCUGUACAUGCUGGUGGCCAUCAUCCUGUUCUGCCUGCUGCUGUACUUCUACAAGGAGAAGAAUGCCAACAGCAUCGUGGUGAUUCUCCUCCUGGUGGCCCUGCUCGGUUCCAUGACGGUGGUGACAGUCAAGGCUGUGGCGGGGAUGCUGGUGCUGUCCAUCCAAGGCAACCUGCAGCUGGACUACCCCAUCUUCUACGUGAUGUUCGUGUGCAUGGUGGCCACCGCCAUCUAUCAGGCCACGUUUCUGAGUCAAGCCUCUCAGAUCUACGACUCCUCCUUGAUCGCCAGUGUAGGCUACAUCCUGUCCACCACGGUGGCCAUCACAGCAGGUGCGAUCUUCUACCUGGACUUCCUCGGGGAGGAGGCUCUGCACAUCUGCAUGUUUGCACUGGGGUGCCUCAUCGCCUUCCUGGGCGUGUUCCUAAUCACUCGGAACAGGAAGAAGGCCAUUCCCUUUGAGCCUUAUAUCUCCAUGGACGCCAUGCCAGGUAUGCAGGACAUGCACGCGAAAGGGAUGACCGUCCAGCCUGACCUCAAAGCUUCUUUCUCCUACGGAGCCUUGGAAAACAACGACAGCAUUUCCGAGAUCUACACCCCGGCCACACUGCCCGUCAUGCAGGAGGAGCACAGCUCCAGAAGCGCCCCUGGGGUUCCCUACCGCGUCCUGGAGCACACCAAGAAGGAAUGAUCUGCCUCCCUCGGGGGGCUGUAACUGCCCACAGACCACCCAUCCUUCCACUCUUCAUUGUUCAAACUGCCUUUCAAGUAUCCCGGUUUGAAACGGAGAACUCUGUACAAGAUGACCUUGGGAGACCCCCGUUUCUGGCAGAGAAGCCAUUCAAUGACCUUGGCCUUGGAAAUUUCAAAUAGUGGCGGAAGUAUCCCAGGUGGGCUGUGUGGCCGGCUAAGCCAGUGGGAUUUGGAGCCAUUUUACCUGCUUGGGCAGUCGGUGGGUUAUCAGGUAAUGGUCACAAGCUUCCACACACUCCUUGGAGUGAAAGCAAGACAGAGUGAGCCUGCUCCCUCUUUGCAAACCGAGCAAAAGGCUGGAGGACUUCCACAGUCGGUCUUCCCCUACCCGGCACGCAUGUCUCAGCUCGACCCGUUCACUCACAAUUCUAUAGCUCUGAGAAUAUUGCUGUCCCUCUGCCAGGCUCAGCAGGGCCAACCCUGCGUGGAACAAACUGUCGUUUGCACCUGGCUGGGGUACAUGGGCCUUCCAUCACCUGAGCCCUUCUGUGAAGACCCGGCAGCGUCUGCUGGCUCCAUUCCAAUCCUUGGAGAUUUUUUUUCCAUUGCUCCCUCCCUCUAAAGAAAUCAAGAGGACAGAGGUGGAGGAGGACAGGCACAAGGGCGGGGGAUGUGGGGGAGAGCUAACUUCAGCCCUCUCUGUUUCCAACUGGUAAGAAAAGUUCCCGUGACUCUCCUGUCCAGCCCUAGAGGAUGUGUGGAAGCUCUCUGUAGGGCAAGCUACUCUUGCUCCUGCACAUCCGGCUCCUGAGAAGAGUCCAGAGCCUCCUGCAGAUCCACUUCAGUCUC